GGGAGCGGUCGUUGUGGCUGGAGCUGCGCUCUCUUCGGCCUUGACAAUCGGUUUGACGUCUUGAGUGGCAGCGUCGGACAUGAUGUAGGCUGAUGGUAGUGAAGAUGGUGAGGAGGGAGGAUGGUGAGGGCAAGGCCAAGAUGCCUCCGCGAAGUGUUCCUUCCGUCGUGGCUCCUGGCCGAGAAGAAAGUUGCUGCCAAAUUUCUCUGCGCGCGUCGGGCUCGGGCCACUCCGCCUCUUUCCGUCGAGGGCAGGAAGGUCCGUACCAACCAGAGCAGCAAGGCAGAGCGAGCCAGGCAAAGGGGAAGCACCAGACUGUCUCCUCACCGCUAGGUAGUACCCACAUCCUCAUUGGCAUCGUCAACAGGCAAUCUCGCUUACCUCUGCUUACAUGUUUUGCUGGAGAUCAUAGAACCUCCUCGGCGACAAGUUCGACUCCGGGACCAGGCUCGACUCUGCGGGCUAUGGGCCUCCGCCCUUGGCUGCGCCAAUACCCAUCAGGCUGCUUCAAUUACGGCGCAUCCUUCACUACAGAUGGCACAAGGGUCUUGUCUAGAUCGCUUUGCUUUGCCAGUGGCUCCUAUGACGUCCAGAGGGAGCACAGAGGCAACAGAGCAGAGGUCACACGACUCGCCAUUGAGCGGCCCCGACGUCAGCUGCAUUUCUCUACCUCCUCAUCUAGUCCCAAUUACUUUCACAACUCCAGGCCGGACUUCCUUCCCAGUACAUCGCCUCAGAAGGGCGAGCAGGAAAUCAAUGCCAUCUCCGCAUACGCAAAGGCAUCGACAUCACUCUACAAGUCGCGUUACCUGCCAGAUGAAGACUAUACCUUACCCGACCUCCCUUCUCUGCCUCCAGACCAUCCCGUGUCGCCUCUGACUGCAUCGCUGCUGCUUGGGGACGUCGACAAGGCGUGGGAGACCUUUCACGCGCUCAAAGUCGACUGGAAGCAGUCGCUUCCUGCGGAGGAUGCUCUGGCUAUCAGAGAGAGGCUAUGGUGGUCUGUGGCAAGCAGCCCUGCAGGCGAGCCAUCUUCUCAGCUCGAGAGACUCGACCGGCUCUUGGCACUGUUUUCCUACAGCUCAUUCGACCUCAUUGUAGCGCAGAGGCGCUACAAAGGCGUCCAGCUGAGCUUGCAUAAGCAACGUCUGCUCUAUCUGCUGGUCGUUAGUCUCGAACAAGCCUUCCGAAAGUUGCAUCGCCCAGGCCGCCAUGCACGAGGCCUCGUCCAGCUGCCGUCCGUACCAUCUCGACUGUAUCAAGGCCUCGAAAUGGUGCUUGAUUCCAUGCGUUCAACCAUAGAGCUGGUGGACAUGACCAUAUUGGAGCGGCUGUUGUAUCAGCUGGCCGUGCAUGGCCGCCCCAAGACCGCCUUGAGAGUGUAUCAAGACCAGAUGACCGCAUCAGAUGCUUUGGCGGGGCAACGGUCCCAUAGCCUGCGCGGCCUCAAUGCGAAGAACACAGAGGCUUUGCUUGACUCGCUCGCCCUCUCUCCAAAGCGGCGGAUCGAGGCCGUGCUCUCUUCUGAAGAGCAAGCUCAUCAAAUCCACCCUAAUGAGGCAGUCACAUUGUCCUUGCAGCUCCUCAACUAUGCGAUGGAUGACGGCAUAGCGGUUGGGAAGCGACCCCUGAGCGCCUGGAUGAUUCAUGCCCCCCGAAAGUUGCUCUUGUCUUUGCUACCUGCAGAUGUUGUUGGAUCAGCAAGGGCUUUGCGACAGCCUUGGGCUCUGCUCUCUGCUCAAGGCGAGAAGAAGGAUGACGAGCCUGAGCAUGACGUUCCAAGCCUCAGGGAAGACGCAAAGCAUCUCUUGUGCGACGUCAUUGCCUUUGAUCUUGCUCAGCGUGGCGAUGUCCGGCCAGCUCUGGCGCUGUAUCAGCUUGAUCAAGCGUCAGGAAGAGUGGACGCCGCAAUACGGUCCGCAGUCAUGCAAGGCCUCUCUGCCAACGUCAGCAAGCUCUACCACAGCAGUCCUCGAGAAGCCAAGCAGCAAGCCGCGCAAUUGACAGAAGAUGCCGUCAACACUCUCUUGGACAUCUACCAUGAGCCAGCAAGCGGACCUUCUACCAGCAAGCAGACGCUCAACGACACUUUUGCCGUGGCCGAAGCCUUGCGCUUGGCCAUUGAGGCCGCAAGACGUCUCGGCUCACUAGAGAAGGCCAGGGCGCAAUGGCUACACAAGCUGAGAAGACUCAGUAGCUCACUGUUGGCUCGAGACCCUGAUCUGGAUUCUAUCCACCCAUCCACACACUCCACCUUGCUCAAGCUACACGUGGCUUUCGAGGACUACAUGUUCACCAAGGACCUGUGGAUCAAGGUUACGCGGCGGGCUCUAUCAGACUUCCGGUCUGUCCAGCAGGUGCAAGCGGGUAUCCCGCGCAGAGCUACCCCUCUCUCAUAUGGCGAAUUCUCCUGGCUGUUGACCGAAUCUCUGAACAGAGGGUCAGAACUGGAUCUGCUCUUUGCAGUUCAGAUGUACCUCGAAUGGCAGACAAUGCAGCCAGAGGGUGAAGUACAGACGCUGAAGCCACAGCAGGCUACACUGCUGAUCCGCAGGCUAGCUCAAGGUGGCAUGACCCAUAUCAUCAAGCGGGUGGUGCUAGACAUGAGACAGCAGGGUGCACAGGUCACUGCUUCCGUAGCCCGAGCAUUCGUCGAGGCGUUUCGUUACCCAGACGCUAUGUCUGCAGAGCAGAGCAUCAGUCUUGUUGAAGAGCUGACUCGUCUCUACAGCUCUCACGAGGAGGCCUUGCGAGAAGCUAGAAAGGCAGAAGACGACGACAUUCCAAAUCAACGCUUCUUCAUUCCGCUAGAAGUAUUUGGCAACAUACUGAUGCAGACGACGUCUCAGUGGCUAGAGGACUGGGAUCAUGUCUGGUAUACGCGCAUGCUCGAUGUCUUCGAUCAAUUCACUCGCUCUUUGGGGCAACAGCUCGCCUACCGGGCUUCUCGGCCACUCGGCCAGCCGGUGCAAGGCGUCCGCAUGACGGAAGAGGCAGUGCGACAAGCUUUCAAUGGCGCUAUGCGUGCGCGUGCCGAGUGGCCAAUUCUACGCCUCUACACUGCCGAUCAAGAAGACGAGCUCGCUUGCCUCCUUGGCUCAGAUGUGCCCCUCGAAGAAAGCGCUAUCAACGCAGACUUGGUAGUCGAAUCGCCGCAAAGAGGUUCAGGUGCAAUGGGACGUUCCCUGCAGACGACGCCCAGCACGCGGGGCGAAGCGCGGCGGGGUGCUAUCCUUGAUCUGGUCAGUACUCUAGAGGGAGACCUUAGCGUAGCGGGCGACUCAGAAACAUGGAGUCUCAAAGUUUUCGCCUGGCUCCUACCGGGUGAUCCGGCUGGGCAAAAAGAUCGACUGGCAGAGGCGCUCAAGGUGUACGAGGAGAGCCUCGAUGCCGAAUUUGACUACAACCCUCAGGCUGUGCUGAAGCCGUGGGCUCGUCUGCCCUCUCCCACUGGGAAUGACGCAGCUGCAGAGCAAAGAGCCGACUCGGCAUCUGAGCCGGUAGGCUCAGGCUCGACAUCCUCGAGGCCAGUCGCGCCCAGUGCAGGAGCGAUCAUGAAGCGGGUCCGUAUCCGCUCCCGUACAGUCGCCAGGCUCAUCCUCACUCUAGCCAAACAAGGGGAGCACGCCUCUUCCGCCUGGGUCUACCACACAGCAAUGGUGCGCUCGCACGAGGAGAGCGAGAGCAAUCUACAGGAGGAUAAAGUCGCAGCAGCAGCAGCUCUUCAGGGUCCUCCUCACCCCUCCUCCUCUACUGCUUCAUCUUCAGCAGGCUCAAUGCUCAAACCGAAACCCCUCCGUGCCGCAUCCCUCAAUCGCGCCCGCCCAGUAGCUCUUUCUCGCGCUCCGCGCUCACGUAAAGUCGCCACGCACUCCCUUCGAUAUGCACGCGUGGCCGCACUGAUCCUACAAGGACGUGAGCGGGAGAGUCAGCAACUCUGGAGAGAGCUUUGGUUUGAGAGGGGCAGGAUUGUUGCAGCGGGAGAUGUGUUUCAGGCUGAGAGAGGCAGACGGGACAGGCGCAUAGAAGAGGGUGAGGAUAAGAGGGAAGGUGAGGAGGUUGGAAUGGAGGACGUCUGGUGGUGGAUCAGGGAGCAGGUCACUGGACAGGGUCGCGGUGAUGCCAGAAUGUAGGGUGGGAGAGUCCAUCGAGUCCACUGGACUUGUUUUUGAAUUGUACACGUAGCGAAAGCAAAAGACAGCUGGUAUGAUUUGAAACGAUCUCAAUCUCAGAUACGACC